UUAUAUCAAUCACGUGCAAAACAUGUGAUCGAUACUGGUCCACACGACGCGUGAUGCAAACUGGACCAUAAAAGUAACACUCGCGUACGAAUUCCGCAGCGCCGCUGGCUUUUCUCCUCUUCGCCGUUCCUUCUUCCAACCGCAACGAAGGCGAGAGAGAGAGAGAGAGAGAGAGGAAGGGAGAAAGAAAGAGGGAAGAGGAAUCGGAGGAUCGUGGGACGCGAGUCAUCGGCAAUGGCUACGAGGCGGAUCAUCAAGGAGCUGAAGGAUCUACAGAAGGAUCCCCCGACUUCUUGCAGCGCAGGCCCAGUAGGUGAAGACAUGUUCCACUGGCAAGCAACAAUAAUGGGUCCUCCAGACAGUCCAUAUGCAGGAGGUGUAUUUCUUGUCACCAUCCACUUCCCUCCAGAUUAUCCAUUUAAGCCGCCCAAGGUUGCUUUCAGGACAAAGGUUUUCCAUCCAAAUAUUAACAGCAACGGAAGCAUUUGUCUGGACAUCUUAAAGGAGCAGUGGAGCCCUGCAUUAACUAUUUCCAAGGUGCUGCUGUCAAUCUGCUCCCUGUUGACUGAUCCAAACCCAGAUGACCCUUUGGUUCCAGAGAUCGCCCAUAUGUACAAGACAGACAGGACCAAGUAUGAGACCACGGCAAGGAGCUGGACCCAGAGGUACGCAAUGGGCUAAAAUUAUUGAGCGAACGAAAGAGUGUGUGGGGCUUUCGGUUAUUUGUCAUCUAUAGUGGCUGUGUUCUGUCUGUCUGUUUUUGCAAAGACUUAUUUGUAAGAUUGAAGUAAUCUGCAUCUGCUGGAUUUUGGUUAACUAAAAGACUGAGGAAAGCCUCAACAAACUCAUCAGAGAACAUUGUCUUCAUAAUUGUUUAUAUGGUAAUUUGUACGUCAAUCGUAAAAGACUUGGUCGCUUCUAUUUCA